GAUCUGCCGAACGAUGGGAAGUUACAAAUUUGUUUGCCGAUUUAAGCUCAGUCAUAUUUCAGGCGCCAUGGAAGAUGCCAUCAACGAUGAGAAGUUACAAAUUUCAGCUCAAGUUGCUUAAUUCUGGUGGUUGACAAUCCUCCCGGCCGCUCUUAGUAAUUCAGCCAUGGAAGGUCCCAAUGUUGACCAGGAUACCGAUCACAUAUUCUUGAAACAAUCAGUUGAAGAAGCAUACGAGGGUGUCGAUACAAAAGAUGGGUAUCCAUUUGGUGCAGUUAUCGUUCGUGAUGGUGAAGUAGUCGUCAGCUGUCACAACAUGGUUCGGAAAAACAAAGACCCAACUGCUCACGCUGAAAUGACUGCUAUCCGAAUGGCCUGUGAGAAGCUGGACACUGAAAAGCUCUCUGACUGUGAGAUAUAUGCUUCUUGUGAGCCUUGCCCAAUGUGCUUUGCUGCAAUUCAGAUUACCGGAAUUAAGAGGUUAGUUUAUGGAGCAAGAGCAGAAGCAUUAACACCCAUGGGGUAUGGUAACUUCAUUUCGGAUGCAUUGAGGGGCACCACUUCAUUUGAAAAAGCCAAUUUGGAGAUCAAGCAAGCUGAAGGUGACGAUGCUAUCAUGGCAGAACAGGCGUUGCUAUCAUGGCCGAAUUGACACUAAACUGCAAUUUCAGUCACUAGCUGUUCUACUACUUGAUAUACUAUUUACCAUUUUGAUAAAUAAUAAUAAUUCCUUACAAAACUUAUUAGCUUCCAUAUUUUACUGGUGACCUGUAAAUAAAAAAUAUUCAUUGAAAGCUACACAAUAUACCGUUUAAUGGUAAUGCUAUUCCCCUCACUAAUUGCAGCUCUACUCACAGCUCAAGCUGAGGUGUCAUCACCAGCGUGUACAGAGGACACAAACUUUUAACACAUUAGGAAAAAACAAUUAUAGUUCCCGUGAUUCCUUUUUGCUCUAUCUAUCCAUCUCUAUUUGUUAAUUCUCUCUCAAAUUCUUCUUCCUCUUUCUUUUGUUCCUAAAAUUAAUAAAUCAAAUUCUUCUUAAUUCUUACGGUUUAUGGAUUGAUACUUCUUUAGGUUCAGUAAACAAGACCCGCACCCACUCC